ACUGUUUUUGACAUGCUUCGCAAAAUCAUGACGAUGACUUUUGGUAUUGGUCAUAUUUUACACUGGAAUGAUAGAAAUCUACUAGAGUUUCCGGAAGAUCUAAAACGGCAUAAAGAUCAAGUAUAUCAACUUUAUAUAAAAAACAACUCUAUUGAAAUACUGCCACGAUGGAUCAACAUAAUGGCUAAGCUAACUCACAUAUAUGUAGGCAACAAUAAAUUGUCGAGUUUCCCUGAGGAACUAAGUCAUCUGAAGAAUUUGGAAGUACUGUGCGCCCCUAGUAAUUUUAUAACGGAUAUCCCGCCAGCGCUGUCCGCACUCAAAAGACUGACACAACUCGACUUGUCACGCAACCGAAUAAAAAAUGUCCCCCAUGAAAUUUUCAAUAUGCGAUCUUUAUGGUUACUGGACCUAUCCCACAAUGAAAUCGAGACGUUGCCGGAAAUCGACCCCGAAGGAUUAUACUUUGGUGAGAUAUUGCUGCACAAUAACAAACUACUUUGUGUACCGGAUAACUUGUGUCGUUUGAAGAACAUCGAAUAUCUAUCGCUCACGCACAACAGACUCUUGUACGUACCAGCAGUGAUAAUUAGAACGGAAGCGAAAAUCAAAGUGGACCACAAUCCUUUCUUGGCCUACGUGCCGAUGUACAUUAGGACAGACAACUGCGGCACUCAAAAAUUUCUGGAAGCACAUAUGUUACCCAACGUAACGCUCACGUACGCUGAUCGCGAUAUGAUCGUAUCUCCUAAAAUCAAACAAGUGUUCAGUGUCCAGUGGAACGCCUACUGUCCAUCGUUGAAAGAAUUCGCUCUUAGGUCGCUUUGCGUUUGGAAGACACCAUUUUCCAAGGACCACGUUCCCAAAAUUGUUUACGAACAACUGCUAUCCGGGCCGGCCGCUUCCUGUAUGCAAUGCUUAAGACUUAUGUUCACAUACAGUUUUAUAUGUUUAUACCAACACGGAUCACAAUAUCCUUUUGAUGCUCAAUAUUUUUGUUCCAAAUCGUGUCAUAGUGCAUUUAAACAAUUAAUGAAUAUUCGUUACCAAAAUCUAAUCGUUCUACAAGAAUUAGAUUUUAAAAUUAAACCUUUUGGAUUUUUACCAACAUGAUUGUGAUUUUUUUUUAAUUUUAAUUUUUUUUUUUUUUUUUGGAUAUUAUGUUCCUUGUUUAAUAAUUAUACAG